AACCUUGAUAAAAAUCUGACUAACACUGUUGAGGAUUUUGUGUCAAAAGACUCAAACCAGUCUGCUUAAAACACGGGAGACUUUUCUCUACAAGAAAUCUCUUUCUCUCCCAUCUCUCUCCCAAAAUCUCUCCCAAAACAAAAAUACUGAUGGAGAGAAAGUGGGAGAUGCAAGGUGGUGGUGGUGGUCUUGGAGGAAAUAGUAGUGGAGGGCCCGUCAUGAUGGUCCCAUCUUCAUCAUCUGCUCAUAACCCUAAUCCAACUAAUAAUAGCAAUAAUAGUAAUAAUACCUUGUUUGACUAUCAUCAUCGUCAUAUAUUUUCUUCGCCUUUUAUGGUUCAAGAUAAUAACUCAGCGGCGGCUACUUUCACCGGCUGUUAUUUGAUGGAAUCUGCUGCUCCGAACAACGGCGCCAGCUCUUCUGGUUCGGCUGUGAAGGCGAAGAUCAUGGCUCAUCCUCACUACCACCGCCUCUUGGCUGCCUAUAUUAACUGUCAGAAGAUAGGAGCACCUCCGGAGGUGGUGGCUAGGCUAGAGGAAGCCUACGUGACUAUGGGGGCGUCUCGAGGUGGAUCAAGCGGCCCCUCCGCAAUUGGGCAAGAUCCGGCGCUGGAUCAGUUCAUGGAAGCAUACUGUGAGAUGUUGGGUAAAUAUGAGCAAGAACUUGCUAAGCCUUUCAAGGAAGCCAUGCACUUUCUCACCAAGAUUGAGUACCAGUUCAAAGCCCUCACCGUCUCCUCUUUAGAUUCUUCUGCUUGUCCUGACCCUAUGGAUGGAAAUGCGUCAUCUGAAGAAGAGGUUCAUUUAAACAAUGGUCUGGUAGAUCCUCAAGCAGAAGACAGGAAGCUAAAAGGUCAGCUUCUGCGCAAGUACAGUGGAUAUCUGGGAAAUCUGAAGCAAGAGUUCAUGAAGAAAAGAAAGAAAGGAAAAUUGCCGAAAGAAGCAAGGCAGCAGUUAAUGGAAUGGUGGAGCAAAAAUUACAAAUGGCCUUACCCAUCGGAGUCCCAAAAAGUUGCUCUAGCGGAAGCUACAGGUCUGGAUCAGAAGCAGAUAAACAACUGGUUUAUCAACCAAAGGAAGCGGCACUGGAAGCCAUCGGACGAAAUGCAGUUCGUGAUGAUGGAUGCUGCAGCUGCACAUCAUCCCCAUUAUUACAUGGACAAUGUCUACGGAAAUCCUUUCCCCAUGGAUAUCUCACCGCAGUUUCUUUGAAGACGAGACUUGGAUGAUAAGUUUAACCUAACAAUCAUAUAACUAUUGGUGAGAAGCAGAUUAAAAUCUAGCUAAAACUGUCUUAUAACUAUCUAAUGUAUAUCACUCUGGCUGGUGAUUACGCAUAUAUAUAGUACUCCAGUAUAAGCUAUGAGACUUGCUACCUUUUGCUAUUAUUGUUUUGCUACUUUGACCUGAUCUUUGAGUCUGUAAUAUAUUGUUAUGCUGGUUAAUACCAUGAUUUUUAUGCUUGUUA